GCAGGGAGAAGGCUGGGAUGUGACGGCGCCGGUGGCUGGGCGCGCGCUCCCUUUUUCUUGUCUUCUCCUUGGGUUUUUUUUUCCCCCCUGUCGUUAGUCAGGAGUUUUGGCUCCUCUCCCUUCCUCCUCCUCCUCUAGCUGGAUUCUCCCCCCGCCCCGUUUCUCCCCCACUUGUGGAUGCGAUUUGUCGGGGGGUGGCCGAAGGGGAUGUCCUGUUUUCACCAGAGGCACAGCGCGAAGGGGAAACUUCGACACUGGAAGGAAGGAGAAUAAGUACCUAGCGACCGACUCAGGGGUCCACGGCGGGGACCGGCACUUGAACUUCACUUCGAUCUCCCAAGACAUCCGGGAGGAGGAGAUAGUCCGUUUUUAAUUGAAGGAAGCUGCUUCUCCUUGGGAGUGGCAGGGGAAGUGAGAAAACCACAUGGAAGACUCCCAGGAUUUAAAUGAACAAUCAGUAAAGAAAACGUGCACAGAAUCAGAUGUUUCAGAAUCUCAGAAUUCCAGGUCUAUGGAAAUGCAGGACUUGGCAAGUCCUCACACUCUUGUUGGAGGUGGUGACACUCCCGGUAGCUCCAAAGCAGAUAAAUCUACUCUCAACAGCACAUCAGUCACCACCAAUGGGACUGGAGUGUCUCUUCUUGCAGUCAAAACAGAGCCUUUGAACAGCAGUGAAACCACAACUACGACUGGAGAUGGAGCGCUUGACACUUUUACUGGGUCAGUAAUAACAAGCAGUGGCUACAGCCCCAGAUCAGCACAUCAGUAUUCCCCACAGCUAUAUCCUUCCAAGCCCUAUCCACACAUUCUUUCUACACCAGCAGCUCAAACAAUGUCUGCCUACGGGGGUCAGACCCAGUAUUCUGGGAUGCAGCAGCCUGCGGUCUACGCGGCCUACUCACAGACGGGACAGCCCUACAGCCUGCCCACUUACGAUCUGGGUGUCAUGUUGCCGGGCAUCAAGACAGAGGGCGGACUGCCACAAACCCAGGCCCCGCUGCAAAGCGGGUGCCUCAGCUACAGCCCUGGGUUCUCCACCCCACAGCCAGGCCAGGCACCCUACUCCUACCAAAUGCCAGGUUCUAGUUUUGCACCAUCUUCUACUAUUUAUGCAAAUAAUUCAGUUUCCAACUCAACAAAUUUCAGUGGUUCCCAGCAGGAUUAUCCAUCCUACACAGGCUUUGGCCAAAACCAGUAUGCACAGUAUUACUCGGCAUCCACGUAUGGUGCGUAUAUGACAUCAAAUAACACAGCCGACGGCACAUCCUCAUCAACCUCAACCUAUCAGCUGCAAGAAUCUCUCCCGGGACUGACUAGCCAACCAGGUACAGAUCUUCAUCCAGGAGAGUUUGACACCGUGCAGAGCCCCUCCACCCCCAUCAAGGAUCUGGACGAGAGAACCUGUAGGAGUUCAGGGUCAAAGUCUCGAGGAAGAGGCCGGAAAAAUAACCCGUCCCCACCUCCCGACAGCGACCUGGAGCGUGUGUUUGUCUGGGAUUUGGAUGAAACCAUCAUUGUUUUCCACUCACUCCUUACAGGGUCGUAUGCACAGAAAUAUGGCAAGGACCCCCCUAUGGCUGUAACCCUUGGACUCCGAAUGGAAGAAAUGAUUUUUAAUCUUGCUGAUACAAAUUUAUUUUUUAAUGAUUUAGAGGAGUGUGAUCAAGUUCAUAUAGAUGAUGUUUCCUCUGAUGAUAAUGGGCAGGACUUAAGUACCUACAGUUUUGCAACUGAUGGCUUCCAUGCAGCUGCAAGUAGUGCAAACCUUUGUUUGCCAACAGGUGUAAGAGGAGGGGUUGACUGGAUGAGGAAGUUGGCUUUUCGAUACAGAAGAGUAAAAGAAUUAUAUAACACCUACAAGAACAACGUUGGAGGACUCCUUGGCCCUGCCAAGCGAGAUGCGUGGCUGCAGCUGAGAGCAGAGAUCGAAGCGCUGACGGACUCCUGGCUAACAAAUGCACUGAAGUCGUUAUCAAUUAUCAGUACUAGGAGUAACUGUGUAAAUGUCUUGGUAACGACAACCCAACUGAUCCCAGCACUUGCAAAAGUUCUGCUCUAUAGUUUAGGAGGUGCUUUCCCCAUUGAGAAUAUUUACAGUGCAACUAAAAUAGGAAAAGAAAGUUGCUUUGAACGAAUAAUGCAAAGGUUUGGCAGAAAAGUAGUAUAUGUUGUAAUUGGGGAUGGUGUAGAAGAAGAACAGGCAGCAAAAAAGCACAACAUGCCCUUUUGGAGGAUAUCAAGUCACUCAGACCUCUUGGCGCUACACCAAGCACUGGAAUUAGAGUAUUUGUAACUGUGUUCUCUAGGUGGAGAUCCAUUUUAUAUAUAUAUAUUUCAAGUACACUGAAGUUUUAUGUGUGAUUCAAUGCCUCUGGCUUUACACAUAUAAAUUGUCUUAAAGGAUGAAAUCGUAUUUGGAAUGAAAAUUCCGGAAUGAAGAAUUCAGAUUGCUGAAUGGAAUUCAAAUUUAGUGCUACAGAAAGGAAGCUCUAUGGUCUUAUAUUUACAACGCUUUAAUGGUUUUUUUAAAAAGAACCUGUGGAGGUUGCUGGUACACACCCAAUGAGUCCUAACUGGAAUUCACUGCUUUAGCAAAGAACUCUUACCCUGGCAAGGCCGCAACACCCGUGUUCCGUUUGACAAGGUGGUAUUCAACAACAUUCCUCAACAUGGGAUAUCUUCUCAGCUCUGAGGUUUGAAUCUGACUUUAGCCUACCUACCCCGAAAAUCUGAAUUGGAAUGCACUCAGACUGUAUAAGGACAGUCCUCUCUAGACCUAUAAUUUGUGUAAAUUAUUGAUGAAAAUAAUUUACUGUGACUUUAUUAGCAGCUGACUUUGAAAGUGGAUGCAAUUUUUUUUCUUUCAUUUGUGGGGAAGGGAGGUUGGGAGGGGAGAUGGGGAUAUAAUAUUGCCUCUUUUUUAAGUUUGGCAAAGAGAAUGUUCAUACUGAUAUGCUGUGCCUUAAAGACAAGACAGCGUUUGUGUGUUACAUUGUAACUUUGGUUAAAAUCUCUGUAGAUAAUGAAUACCAGAAGCCUUUGUUAUUGCUAAUUCUCAACAUGACCAAAUUGAAAAUUCAAGCUGUCGAAGCUUAAUACUGCAGCGAGAAACUGAAGGUUUGUUGCAAUAAGAAAAAAUAAUAAUAAAGGAAAGCUUUUGUUUUUAUUUGGGUUCUUAAAAAUUCCAAUCAUUGUAUGAGACAUCUGUUUGUGCAUCCAACCAUAAGCAGACAGCUUGGGAGAGACUGUGGGUCCUUAACCUAGAAACUAAAAUAUGUGUUGAAGUCUCAAGUACCCUUUCUACUCUUAGAAAACUAAGAGCCAUAUUCAUGACAACUUGCACAGUUUUGAGCUUGAGACUUUCUGGUAUGUGCAAGUUGCAUAGAGCAAAAUAUUCUUGUGCAUAUCAUCAAAUUCUGUCACCCCAACUUUCUUAGAUUAUGUUCAUUAAGUGAAAAUGGCUUAAAAUAAAGUUAAGCAUAUUUUUUCUAAUGCCAUUGCAAAAAUGAAAUGUCAUCAGUAGUUGAAGGCCCAGAUGGCUUUUAAGGAAAGUGAAUCCAUGCAAGUUUUACCUACAGUUUCAUCAUAAAAUAUAUUAGCAAGUGAGCCAGAUCUUGGAGGUAUUACUGAAAUCACAGUAGUAAAAAAUGACCUGGUUCUCUGUCUUAACAUAACACACCAAUACAGUUUCUCUCCAUUGCAGAUUUCCGUGCUUUAGUUUCUCCCUGUACCUUCCUGCACAACUGACUGCAUUCAUUGCAAGGGGAACCUGCCAUCAUUGUGUUUGCAUGGGUUUUUUUUCUUGGUUAGGUACACGACCCAGGUUCUCUUGUCGUUUUCUAUGACGUGAUCUCCCUUGUGGAAACUUAAGACCUCAAGACCAGGAGCAUUUUCGUGGUGUCUGCACCUGCAGUUCUGUGUUUAUAAUGUCCUAACGUGGAACCUGGAAUCCAGCUAAAAGGCAGUGCCCUCACCAGAGUGGUCCGUGGUAAUUCAUCAGCUGAGGCUUUCGUGGCUUCAGUGAGGUCGAUGCUUUGCAUGCUGGUCACAACAUUCGCUAUGAAAAUACAAUUGUAUUUUUUCUAUGUUCUAAAAACUGUGUUUCUUUACUGAGUGUUCAGGCCAUGUUUAUGUUGGGCAGAGAGAGAUGGAGAGUCCCAAUUUUGCAUAAAUUUGUGAUUUAUGUGAUUUAAUAAACCUUAAGCUUAUUGUUUAAAUUUUGUAGCUUUUGGCUACCUGGACCCCAAAUGCUGUUACAGACAAAUUAUUGUUGGAAUACUUUUAGCAAUAGUCAUAAUGAAAUCUUAUACUUCUGUUGGCCUUUAUCUUGAAAAUAACAGUUUAAAAAAUGGAAGAGUUGUGUUGAUCAUCAGUACUUUAUUUUGUGCACUUGAAACUUACCUAUUUAUUGCUGUGGAAAAAAAUGUAUUUUCUGUAUAGGCAGUUUUUUUUUUUAAGAUAGAAUUAUGGCAUUACAUCUAAAUUGUUGAUUUUUUUUUUUUAUUUCAAACAAGGCAGGCUUCAUAUGCUGCUAAAACCUGCAGGUGCAGAAAGAAAUGUCCCUCCAAAAAGACAGAAAGAAGUGCCAGUGAUUGCACCACUCCAUGCUGCUUCUAAUGGCACAUCUUUUUCUCUGGUUAUGUGAGCAGAAGAGGCUGCCAGCAUCAGAACUAAAUGCCAGGUUGAUGGACAACAGUCUCCCUGGUGUGACAAGGGUGCAGGCCAUAGAGACAGCCCAGCUUAGUCACAUGACUUUGAGCAUGCCCCAACUAGAACCCCACUCCCCACCCCCCGACAACCUUAGGAACAGAAAGUCCUCUUACUUUCUGAUCUGAAAAGAUAAAAAUAAAUCUGCCAACAAAUAACCCCUUUAGCAAUCCCCACAUCCCAUUUACGAGUAGAAUAUUGUGACUUAUUGUACCCCAGUUCUGUAACUAAAAUGGGUUUUUGGCUACUGAACAAACUUGGUAUGUUUCUAGGAAAUACAACCACCUUGUGUUGCACCCAAAAAAUACCAAGAUCAUAUAAUUUCAGUCGCAAAAUAGAUAGCUUGGCUACGAUAUUAUAGAAUAUAAGUCUAAGUCACCAUACCCCUGCAAAAAUUUGUAAAUCAAAUUUGGAAGCAAUACAUAUAUAUAUUAGAAUAAUGUAGUUUGCACACAAGAAAAGUAGGUAACAGCUGUCUCUAGGAAUCUUUUUUCCUUAGUCUCUGGGUGAGCUAUUCAAAAUAGUGUCAACAUUAUGCUCCAAUAUGAAUUUUUUUGUUUUUGGUUUUAAACCACAUUUGUUUAUUCCUCCAUUCUUGGUGAAUAUGGCAUUUAGUAUUUCCUUUAAAAACAAAUUUAAGCAUCAUGAGCCAAGUUGCAUUUUGACUCCCAACUAUUGUAGCAUUAUGGAAUCUCACAAAGUCAAGGGGGUUCUGUCAUAUAUAUUAGUAAGGUAGAGUUUAUCGAUGGCCUACAUAAUUUAAAGAAAUGUAAAUUAAUAUUAAAUGCUUGU